AUGGUUCGCACGUCACACGAGAGUGAAUUCACUCAUUGCUUGGAGGCGCUAGAGGAGAUAUGUGCUGGGAAGGCCGGCUUUAUGGAACACUUCAAAACGAAUUGGCUAUCAUGCAAGGAGCGAUGGUGUACGUUUCUUCUCGGCUAUAUACCUCAUUUGGACAACAAUACCAUCGACAAGCUCGAAGCGAGCUGGGGUGCCGCCAAAGCCAAAGCACAUGGCUAUGGACGAGUGCAUCAAAACAAUGCAUUUUCUGCAACAAUCCGCUGA